UUUUGAAGACUUAGGUUUGAUAUGAAAAUAAAAAGGGAGAGAAAGAAACUAAAUAAUGGAGUUGUGUGCACGAGUGUCUUGGAUGAGAACUGUAUUUUAUUACUCUACAUGCAAAUUCUGUAUUUUAGUUAAUGCUGAAGUGUAACUUUGCUAUUCCAGGAUGUGACCAAGUCAUAUUUAGAACUCCAAAAUAUGUACGGAAAGAAAAUGUGAAGGAACAAUCCUCAGCUUUUAAAAUGUACAGACUGAUUUCAGUAUGGUACAGCAAGUGAGAGCUAUCAGUGGUUGGCCAGCCAUUAAUUGUUGAGCUGAGUGAGGCUGGAGAGAGGAAAAGAUGCACAAAUUAGGGAACAGGAAUACCAACGGAACAGGCUGUGUUUGCCCAUGCCAAUUGAUGUGGUCUACACCUGGGUGAAUGGCACAGAUGUUGAACUGAUCAAAGAAUUGCAACAGGUCAGGGAACAGAUGGAGGAAGAACAAAAAAUAAUGAGGGAAAUCCUUGGAAAGAACACAACAGAACCAACAAAAAAGAGCGAGAAGCAACUGGAGUGUUUGCUGACACACUGCAUCAAAGUGCCAAUGCUUGUCCUGGAUCCUGCACUGCCUAUCAACGUCACACUGAAAGACCUGCUGUCCAUUCAUCCUGCUUUACAAGCUGCUAACAAUAUGUUCUUUGUAGCAAAACCAAAAAAUCCUUCUACCAAUGUGACAGUAAUAGUUUUUGAUAGCCCUAAGGAUGUUGAAGCUGCCCAUUCUGGAAUGAUGAAAGACAACAGCAAACAGAUAGUAUGGAGGGCUUACUUGACUACAGACAAAGAAGUUCCAGGUCUGGUAUUAAUGCAAGACUUGGCCUUCCUUAGUGGAUUUCCAGCUACCUUCAAAGAAACAAAUCAGCUCCGAACAAAACUACCAGAGAGCCUGGCCUCUAAAGUAAAACUGUUACAGCUCUAUUCAGAAGCCAGCGUGGCUCUCUUGCAACUGAAUAACCCUAAGGGUUUCCAAGAACUGAACAAGCAAACAAAGAAGAACAUGACUAUAGAUGGGAAAGAACUGGUGCUUAAUCCUGCUUAUUUGUUAUGGGACCUCAGCUCUGUCAGUCAGUCCAAACAGGAUGAAGAUGUUUCUGCCAGCCGUUUUGAAGAUAAUGAAGAGCUGAGAUACUCCUUACGAUCAAUAGAGAGGCAUGCCCCUUGGGUACGACAUAUUUUCAUCGUCACCAAUGGGCAGAUUCCUUCCUGGCUUAACCUGGAUAAUCCUCGGAUAACUAUAGUGACACAUCAGGAAAUAUUUCAGAAUGUGAGUCAUUUGCCUACUUUCAGUUCACCAGCUAUUGAAAGUCAUAUUCAUCGUAUCAGUGGCCUUUCUCAGAAGUUUAUUUAUCUCAAUGAUGAUGUUAUGUUUGGGAAGGAUGUUUGGCCUGAUGAUUUUUACAGUCACUCUAAAGGUCAAAAGGUUUACUUGACUUGGCCUGUGCCAAACUGUGCUGAGGGAUGUCCUGGCUCAUGGAUUAAAGAUGGUUACUGUGAUAAAGCCUGUAAUAACUCAGCAUGUGAUUGGGAUGGAGGUGAUUGCAUUGGUAACAGUGGGGGUAGUCGCUAUGUUGCUGGUGGAGGUGCAGUUGGAGGUAUUGGGAAUGGACCACCAUGGCAGUUUGGUGCAGGAAUAAGUGGUGUUUCAUACUGUAACCAAGGCUGUGCUAAUUCCUGGCUGGCAGACAAAUUCUGUGAUCAGGCCUGCAAUGUCCUCUCGUGUGGAUUUGAUGCUGGUGACUGUGGCCAGGAUCACUUUGAAGAGAUGUACAAGGUGACACUUCAGCUUAAUCAGACCUACUAUGUUGUUCCUAAAGGUGAAUGUCUGCCCUACUUCAGCUUCAGCGAAAUAGCCAAGAAAGGAAUCGAGGGUUCAUACAGUGAUAAUCCAAUCAUCCGACAUGCUUCGGUUGCUAACAAAUGGAAGACUAUCCACCUCAUAAUGCAUAGUGGCAUGAAUGCAACUGUGAUCUAUUUUAACCUUACGUUCCUAAAUAAAAACGAUGAAGAGUUCAAAAUGCAAGUAGCUGUUGAAGUUGAUACUAGAGAGGAACCAAAACCGAACACAACUUCCACGCAAAAAUCCAACUCUGAUUUUAAAAGUAUAACUUCAGUACCAGAAGCUGAAAUGAUAUUUGAGGAUAUUCCUGAAGAAAAACGCUUUCCACAAGUCAGGAGACGUCAAAAUGGCACAAAAGAGAGUCUGCAGGAAGAGUUGAUAAUACCAUCAGUAAAUGUGUCUCUUCUUCCUGAAAAUGUUCAGCUGGAACUGAAGAACCUGGACUUAAAACUACUAAAUGGUGAUAUCACUCAGAAAGGAUUUAAUCUAUCCAAGGCUGCUCUCCUGAGACCUUUCCAAUUCUUAACUACAGUGAAGAGUAUUAUAGGCCUGGAAAACAAGGGUGUGCAUAAUCAUUCAGAAGAUCCGAAGAACCAUACCAGCUUGCAGAAGCCUUAUAAAGGUGUAAAUACUGGCAAAGUAAAAACAAUAAAAGCAAAUGAAGAAGUUUCUUCAAGGCCUGUGGGAACAAAGGGGACUCUUGUGACAAUGAACACAAACGCAUCUAUUUAUAAAGGAAAGCCUAAAGCCACGCUACCUUCCCAGAGCAUGGGGAAAAAAAAUGAAACUCGAGAAAAAGUAUUGAAUGCACUCAUAUUAAGGGAAACACAGAAAUCAAAACAUACUGGGAAUUUAGAUACUAGAGAAGGCGCACAGGGAAUGGAAGGCGGAAAAGAGCAGGAGCAGGUGGAUACAAAUAAAAGGGAGGGGCUAGUGGGAAGAAAAUUACAGUCUUAUGCUGGAAGUUACCAAGGCUUUUUGCCAUGGGAGAAAAAGAAGUAUUUCCAGGACCUUCUUGAUGAAGAAGAGUCAUUACUCAAACAAAUGUCGUACUUUACUGAAGGCAAGCAUUUUGGAAGGCAGCUGAAAGAUACCUUUGCUGAUUCCCUUCGAUAUGUAAAUAAACUUUUAAACAGCAAGUUUGGAUUUACAUCUCGUAAAGUCCCUGCUCAUAUGCCUCACAUGAUUGACCGCACUGUUAUGCAAGAGCUGCAGGAUAUGUUUCCUGAGGAGUUUGACAAGACAUCAUUUCACAAAGUGCGGCACUCAGAAGAUAUGCAGUUUGCUUUUUCAUACUUCUACUAUCUUAUGAGUGCAGUUCAGCCACUGAACAUCUCUCAGAUCUUUGAUGAGAUUGAUACGGACCAGUCAGGCAUCUUGUCUGACCGAGAGAUUCGCACGUUGGCCACGAGAAUCCAUGAACUACCACUAAGUUUGCAGGAUUUGACAGGUCUAGAACAAAUGCUAAUAAAUUGCUCUAAAGCUCUUCCUGCCAACAUUACUCAGAUCCACAUUAUUCCUCCGACUCAGGAAGCGUAUUAUGAUCCAAAUCUGCCUCCAGUAACCAAAAACCUAGUGACUAAUUGCAAACCUGUGACUGACAGAAUUCGUAAGGCAUACAAGGACAAAAACAAAUACAGGUUUGAAAUCAUGGGAGAAGAGGAAAUUGCCUUCAAAAUGAUUCGCACAAAUGUUUCUCAUGUAGUUGGUCAGCUGGAUGACAUACGAAAAAAUCCCAGAAAACCAGAGUUCUCUGCCAGUUUAACGAGUUUGGCCUCAAGAAGGGGUCUGACAAGUGUCAAAAGACAGAGCAAGGAGAAACAUAGAACCAGAAAAUUUGUUUGCCUAAAUGACAAUAUUGAUCACAAUCAUAAGGAUGCUCAAACAGUGAAAGCAGUGCUUAGGGAUUUUUAUGAAUCAAUGUUUCCCAUACCUUCCCAAUUUGAACUGCCAAGAGAAUAUCGGAAUCGUUUCCUUCACAUGCAUGAACUCCAAGAAUGGAGGGCAUAUAGAGACAAGCUCAAAUUUUGGACCCAUUGUGUUCUAGUAACACUUAUUGUAUUUACAGUCAUCUCAUUUUUUGCUGAACAGCUAAUUGCACUUAAACGAAAGAUUUUUCCAAGGAGAAGGAUCCAAAAAGAAGCUGGUCAUGAACGAAUCAAAGUGUAGAAGAGCUUUAUUUUGGAGAUCAGUCUACCUCAAGAUGUGAUUAGGCAUUUUAAAUCUUUCUUUCAUAAGUGUCUUUUCUGGUUUAACAUUUAGCUACGUUGAUAUGAAGAAAAAAAUCAUGCAUCUAGAGUUAGAAUCUCUGCAGUAAUUUCAUGAUAUAAAAGCUGUUGGAGCUGUGAUAACGCAAAAUAACAAAAAAUAAUUGCAGGAAACCUGUGCAUAGGCAGUUUUCAACAGAUCUUAUUUUAUGACUCUUAGUUCCAUGGCCAUGUUAUCCUUUUUUAUAAAAAGGGUUACCUAAACAAAUGUAACUGCAUUUAUUGCAGUGGAUAUUGCCAACAAGAUAAAAUGUUGGAAGGAAAUGUUAUUUAGGAUCAGCCUAACAAGUCCUUGGUCUUGCAUUCCAAAGCAUUUUGCAAAUUUCUGUCAUUGCUGCUUUUUUUAGACCUAUGGGGAAAUUGAUAAUUAUGUGACUUGUCAUUUAAAUUUAGUAUACAUUUAUAGAUGUUGACAUUCUUUAAAGCACAGUGACAAUUCAUCUCCCUAUUUGUAAUAUUUAACUGGGAUUUGGAAGAAAUGUAUGCUAAUAAAAAAAUUACACAGUAAUAAAACAUCUAAUGGUUAUUUGAAAGGUAUUUUAUAUCUGGUGUAUUCUACUCCAAAGAAUACAAUGAUGUUAUUUCUUGCCUUGAUUAUAAAGAGAGGGUUGUAAUGAAAUGAAAAUGAUCAAGGAAUAAUAUUUUACAAGCAUUGUAAGUAUAAAAGCAAAAGUGCCUCUCUAUAUGAAUGGGUAACAAACUUCUAAAGUAGAAAAGUUUGGGAGCAAUGUUUCACUUUGGAAAACAAUAUUUGUACUGAUAUACAGAGCUUUGGUGUUUUUAAAUUUAAAAAGAGGGUUUGGCCCUGUGUUUUGCUGGGACAUCAGAGUAAUGUCGUUUUAUGUGGGAAAGGGUACUGAAUCUUUUCAAGCAGAAACUUUUGGCGGUGUAUCUUCAGUUAAUUGUGUUAACAGUAUUCAAAAAAGCAUUAAUUUUUGUAAUCAGAUGAUGUACAAAAUGUAUGUGAAUAUGUAUUGUAAGAUACUUGGUUUGCUUUGAAAUUAACUAAAAUGUGAUGAAAGUUUUGUCUGUUGUUUCUAUUUUAAAGUAAACAAAAACUCACCCAUUUUGAUAAA